GAGAUUCUAGACUCGACCAAGUUGGCCUAGACUAAUGUACCCCUAACUUGGCCUAAGCCUGAUUCUCUUAUCAAUUAUGGCUAUCUAAGUCAAAGUGGCUGGGGCCGUCUCAAGGCCCAUAGCCGCAGAUGCGUGAGAGUGAACUCAAGACUCAAAAUACUCGCCUCUGCCAUCGUUUAGACUGAUUUUGAUCUGUGUGUCAGCAUUGUCGGAUUAUAAGUGGAGGUCAUCAUGCCGUUCCUACUGUUAGAGAAAGAAUGUGGACCAAAGUGCCGCUCUCGGAAACACGUUCAAGAGAUCAACUCUGUGAUCAUCUAUGGGAACCUCACAGAGUUCAAGGCUGUCACUAGUCUUUGUCACAACUGGGCUCGUCACUCUGACUUGUAUGGUCGGACUGCCCUCCACAUGGCUGCUUCGUGUGGGAAGGUGGACAUCCUGGAGUGGUUGUUAGAGGAGAAGAAAGGAGAUUUGUCUACAAAAGACUUUGAGUCUGGAUACACAGCAGUACAUCGAGCUCUCUUUUAUGGUCAGCUGGCUUGUGCUCGGUUGCUAACACAGUUUGGCUGUGAUUUGCAAAUGAGGGACACAGAAGGAUUAAGUCCACUUGACCUUGCCACAGCUGACCGACCAGCUCAUAUCACAUUUUCUCUUAAAGAACCUAAUGAGGUCUACACUUGGGGUGAGAACAACAACAGUACCCUUGGACACCCAAGUCCUCAUAAGAGGCUCUCACCAGAGGCGGUGGACAUUUUCAAGAAAUCUGGUAUUUCUGUCAAACAGAUCCUGUUGUGCAAAUACCACAGCGUGUUCUUGUCACAGCCUGGUCAGGUGUACACGUGUGGACACGGGCAAGGAGGCCGACUAGGCCAUGAGGACCAGCACACCGUCUUAGUACCACGUCUCCUUGAAAGUUUAAAGGAGUACACUUGCUUGCAGAUUGCUGCUGCCACUGACCACACAGUGCUGAGAAUGGAAGGGGGAGCUGUGUUCAGCUUUGGACUGAACCCCCAUCAUCAACUUGGACAAACACCGUAUUUGGAGAGCAGUGCGGUGCCAAAACAGAUGAAUCUUAAACCUCUGAAGGGAAAGAGUGUUUCUGGUGUGUGUGUUGGCCGGUUCCACUCAGUUGUGUGGACUCCAGACAGUGUUUUUACAGUUGGGCUAAAUGCUGGUCAGCUCGGUCAUCAAAAAGGAGAAAAAUACCAAAGUCUACUUCGCCAAGUGUCUGGCCUGAGGCACACUGAUGUUGGCAUUGCCAGAGUGUCGUGUUCAGAUGCAGCGACAGUGUGUCUGACCACCAAGGGUGAUGUGUUUGUACUUCAUGAGUAUCAAUGCCGGAAAAUUGCCUCAAAAUGGCAGGAUAUAGAGCAGGUGUUGGCUGUUGGUGGAACUCUCGACCAUAAUGCUGGCCUGGAUGUCCUGUGGGAAAAGGGUGGACGAGACCUUCUGGUCAUGAUGAGGAAUCAAGGAGGUCAGCUGUUCCUGUGGCGCAGCACUAGCCCUAGCUUGAAGCGUUGCCAGUUUGCCCUCCGGCGGCAACUGGCAGUCUUUGAUGUGGCUUUGACCUCUUCGUGCAUGGUGCUUUGCACACAACGUGGCGAAGCUUACAUGGGCUACCUGUCCAACAAGAAGCUGAGCUCUGGCCUUGCCGGGAAGGAGCAGCUUAGCAAGGAGCACACAGUCAAAGAGUUUGGUGACGGUUGUGCUCAGACCCGCUUGUUGGAUUUGUUGUUAAAAGAUGAAGUGGAGGAGUUGCAGGUGCGGCGCCUGCCAGUUAUCCACCGAGCUGUUGCAGUGGCUGCUGACCGGAAAGGAGGCAAUUUUGCUGUGCUUCAGGCUCUUCCAAAUGGAUGUCUAUCGGAGCUACCGAGUGUUAUGGUGUCUGAGAUGAGCAAACAGCUGAGCCGGUUACACCUGGAAGCUUACCUGGGAGACUCUGUGCAUGAUGCUGUGCUGCAGCUGGGUGAACGUUCCUGGCCUGUCCACAAGUAUAUACUAGCGUCAAGGUCUGACUACAUGCGGAACCUAGUGAUGACCAGUGACUGUGGUGAGACCAGGGAAGGGGAAUGUCCAGUGCUGAGUGUUGGAGAGGAUUUGAGUGCUGAGCUGAUGGAGCAGCUGCUUUUAUAUAUCUACACAGAUACUUGCGACUACCUGCAGCUGGGUCACAUAAUCAAGCCUGCCAUUAAUGGUCACUUGGCAAGACUUGAAAGUCUGAACAAACCUCAGAAGAAAAAAGUGAAUAUGGAGGAGUCUUCUCUUGACAACUUUGUCCCAGCGAAAAGGAUGUCAGCAUUCUGUGUGCAGCAGAAGCGCAACAGCAAGGGCUUCAAGAAGGACAAGGGUCAAAAGUCCGAUGUUGAUGUCAAAGAGGGUGUAAUUACGACCCAGAGCCCCAUCAAGCUUCUUCAAGAUGCAGCUCGCAGGCUUGGUGUUAAAGGACUGGCUAAAAGGCUGGAUGCUGUCAUGUGCAGCAACAAUGUGAUUGUUUCACAAGGAAAGACUCUGGCCAGACCUCGGGUCAAGUUUGAUAGGACCAAGCUGCCGGAGCUGUAUGAUGUCACAAUCCGGACAGAGGAUGGUUAUGAACUGGGCUGCCACAAGUGUGUGCUGGUGGCCAGGCUGGACUACUUCUAUAGCAUGCUGGCCACCGGCUGGGCUGAGUCACAAGAUAGCAGUAUUCUGACGUUGCCUGUGUCUGCUGAUGUUCUGGAGGUGCUCAUUGAUUUUCUCUACACAGAUGAGGCCACAGAGCUCCGAGACUGUGUUAACGAGGAGCUCCUGGGUAAUGUGUUGGUUGUGUCUGAUCAGCUGCUGGCCUGGAGACUGAAGGAAAUGUGUGAGGUGGCUCUGGCAAAUAUCAUCAGCUUCAAGAACGUGGGUGAACUGCUGGAGUUCUCAUCCCUGUACAACGCUGAACAGCUGAAGGCAUCCUGUCAGCAAUUUGUGUGCCUCAAUCUGGCUGCUGUGAUGGAGGGAAGGUACUUGGACAUUCUAAGCCCUGAGACUGCUGAGGAGCUGACUGUUUGCUACAGAACAAUGAUCCCAAGCAUGUCAAAACGUCAGAUAACACGAGGUGAAGUGAGUAUCAGUGAGGAGUUUCUGUCCCAACUGGUCUCUGCCCACGAGAGUCUUAGUAGUGAUGACUCUUUCCAUCCCAUCGGAGAGCCUGGCUCUGGAAAAAAGGGAGGCAAGCAGCAGCAGAAGAAACGAAGUGGCCGCUCACGGCAGAAAAUUUCCAGUGAAGAAGGGGAGAAAAGCGCUGCUGCUGUUGCUAAUUCCACGGCUUCGGUAGCUCCUGUUGUGGGUACCCAGAGGAAUCUGUCUGUGAACUCCGAUUUCAGUGAUGACUUGACAGUUGUCAUAGAAGAGGUCAACCGGAGGAUUGAGGAAGAUGAGAAGAAGUUUCACGCCUCAUCUGCCAAGCUACGGGAAAAGUUGAAGUGGCGCCUAAUGCCUCUCUCUGGUACGUCAGCUCUGCUAGGGGGCAGUAGUGAAACGUUAUCAAGACCUCAGGUUCCCACCCAGCCUGAUGAAGUACCCAAAUGGAAUGCCAACUACAAAACUCUCUCGUGGCCUGUCCAGUCUCCACCAUUGCAGGAAAAUGCCACGAUGCAGCUUAAUGUGAGCACCCCAGACUCAGAGGAGAUGUUUGGGAGUCCUGUGUCUCAGUCUUGUCUGGCCAGCAGCCCUACAAGUCUGAGGGAUAUCAUGCAGAGAGAGACACAGCCAUCAGACAAGAGAAAGUCAAGCUUUUCUGGGCGUGUCUCGUGGAAGGAUGUUAAAAAACAGCAGAACCGCGAGUCAAGAGAAAGGCACUCUCAGCAGAAGUGUCAGCCUCAAGAUGAAUUGGAAAAACCCGCUCUGGGCCAGUUGCCCAAUGCCCCUUCGAACCCCUGGAAUUCAAUCAGUGGAGUGGUCAAGUCUUUCCGAGACCUGAUGCUUUUGGAAGAGGGCAAGGUAUCCAUCCACCCAAGCCUCUCCCCCACAGAGAGAGCUCCGCCCCCUGGAUCCAGGAAGACAUCAGCCGGGUCAGUCAGUCCCAGUGCUGGAGCUCUGGGAAAGUCACCUCCAAGAGGGUCCACAUGCUGGGGUCUUGCUGCCCAUUCUGGUGCGGUGAGAAGCAUCCCGUUCUCUAGUCCCCUGCAGCUGUGCAGCCCACCUCCAGCAAGUACUGAGAACCCCUGGACACUCCGGGCUGCUUCACAGCAAGCAUCCAGUCCUCCAGCAUCUUCUGCCCCCUUCAGCACACCACAGUUCUCUGCCAUUCUUCAGGACGAGAAGGAAAAGACGGAGACACUGGAACGUGCUGUACAGAAACCUCUGGGUCUCAUACAGAUAGAAGAAAAAGCCAUGUCAGAGCUGCUGCUACACUAUGAGGCUCAUAAGCGUGUUGACGAGUAUAUCUCAGUGGAGCGUGUCAGCCGGGCCAUGGCCACACCCUUGUGGCGGAGAGAACGCAGACCUUCUGGGACCCCAGUCUCCUGAAAUUAAAAACUUUAGUUGCCACAUUUA